CAAAUAACACGGAAGAGGGGAGGGGGCUUUGCUAGGAGCGUUUGGACGUCAAGGGAAUCGAAAACCUCGGCUAGUACAUCGCCGUUAAGGCUUAAGCUUUGGGCUGUUUAUUGUUAUCAGUGAAGAACAGAGAUGCUGUCAACAACUACAUCAGUUGAAACAGUAACAGUGGUACGACCUCUAAAGGUUAUAGCUUUUAUCUGUGGUUUGAUUGUGAUCCUGUUGAUGAUAUUAUGUGUGGCAUCUUCUAACUGGUUAACAGCUGAUAAGUUUCGCCAGGGACUUUGGGAACACUGUAUUGAUGAGAAUGCACCACUGCCACUUCCAUUUGACUUGAAUGCCAAGCCUGGCUGUUAUAAAGCCCGUUCAGUUGCCUAUAUCCAAGGGUCUGCUGCACUUUGUGUGAUCACUCUCCUCUGUGACAUUGGUGCCACUGUGUUAACUGGUCUAGGACUGUGUAACAAAGAACCUAUUCGCAAAUACAAGUUCUACCGAUUAGCUCUUUAUGUAAUGGUUUGUGCAUUGUUCUGCAUCCUGAUUGCCUUGGUUAUCUAUCCAGCCUGUUUUGCUGCAGAAAUUGAAGAAAGCAAUCGACAAAUUUGGGAGUUUGGAUGGGCAUAUGGAGUGGGAUGGGGGGCAGCAAUUUUUCUUUUUGGUGCCAUUAUCUUGCUGUUGUGUGACAAAGAAACUGAAGAAAUUUACUACAAGCAGAGAACCGUUACUUACAAUGGAACUAAAGAAUCCAAAGCCUGAAUUGGUAUUGGUAACCACUGUACAUACCAUUAAACAUUUUUUGAUAAAGGUUGAAUGAAGUUUUGCACAGUCAUGGACAAUCAUCUAUGUAUUGUCCUUUUUGCUCCACUGGAGAAACUUGACAUUUCUCAAUAAGAGAACUGUUAAGCACAACCUUGUGUUGUGUAUAAAAUCCAAUGGCCAAUUUUAGUAGAACUGUUCAACACAAUUUUGUGUUUUGUGCAAGAUCAUAUUCCUAAUAUCAAGUUGGUAAACUGUCAUAAUUCUUUUAAUUAUAAAAACUUGAAUUUGUGUAAAAAAUAAUAAACUUAAAUCAUUCCCCCUUAUUAUGUUCUUUAUAAUAAACAAAUAUUCUAUAAACCCUGUAUACCUAUUGUUAUUAUGGCUGGAUCAUGUAACACAAAUGCAGGAAAUUUUUUUAUAGAUAAAGUUCAGUUUAUAUUUGAUGGUGAAUGUAUUGUAGAUUAGUAAGGUAUUGGAUUUAAUUUUGUGUCAUUUUUCUUAGUAGAAUAGUAAAUAUUGUUUAUGUUAGCGAUUUGUACAGAAGAUUUAAAGAUAAUUCAGAGAACCUGCAGUUUUUGGUUCAUUUACAAGCAAAAUGUAUCUUACAGCUUUUUUCAGACAUUCUAGACGUUGACUGUUAGAAUAAAUUUAACAGUGCAGUUGCGUCAAUGAAUAUGUGAUACAUUCUAAACUGGAAGUGUUAUGAUGUUGGCAACUCUUAGCAGAUAAAUUUGGCACAAAGUUAUGCAUUCUAUAUAAGGACUAGUAUAGUCAUCAGUGCUGAAUACUGUAUAUCCAGGGUUGUAUGUUAAAAAACACACGAUAUUUAAUUUCUUUCUGUGGGUGUACUGUUUCAUAGUUAUGUACAAUUUCUCUGUGUAAGAUAUGCUGUAAAUUUUUAUUUCCAGUUCAUAGGAACCGUCUUUUCUUUAAAAUUUUUUUUUGUCAAGUAUGGUGUCUGAAAGAUUCUAACUAUAAAAACUACGAAUGGACCAAACACCUCCAGAUAUAAAUAUUUUGCACAAAAAGUUGAUGAUUAAUUUCUAAUGUAUGUUACUGUGAGUUUCCUUGUAUUAAAUGUAACUGUUAUUGAAUUAUUUGGAGUAUUAAUGUUUCUCUUUUAUUAUAUCUAAAAUCCAGGACCCAUAUAACUCCCCAAGCCCAGUGGUUCCUUAAUAUAAUCUUUAUGAUUAUUCAUAUGAAAGGCAAAGCUUGAAAAAAUAAUACAUCAGUAGUACCUUAUGUAAAAUCCACCUUAAAAUUUCUGUACGCACAUAUGAUCUUAAGAAUGAGAGAGAUUCCCCAAGUGGUUCCUAAGAUCAAUAAAUUAUUUACUGGGAAUCUUGAUUCAGUUGUUAUUGUUGUUUAACAACUACUAUACAGGAGGAUUGAAUAAUAUAAUUCAAAUCUAUACCUGAAAACAUACUUUCCAAGUGACAUGGUUUUUGUCCAUAUUCAUAGACUAUAAUUAUCCUUGAGUCAUUUAUUCCACACUAUUUACUUAUAUCUUCAUAUAAUUUAUUCUUCAUUGUCCUUAUUUCCUCUUCAUAUUCAGUAGAAAAAUAUCUCAAAUUAUUCAUCCUUCCUGGUUUCAGUAGUUAUAAGAACAAGACUUGUUGUUUACUGCUUAAUAGGGGUGGGACAAAUAUCAAAUCUGAUCUGAUUGGAUACAUAAAUUUUUCAAUGAAUUAGAUAAUCAAAUAGCAUUUCCAUCAAAGGAUUAUCUUGUGAUAUUAUACAAGCAUGACACUACUAGCACAUGCAUCAAAUGUAAGUAUUGUAUAAUCUAGCCAACUGGCAAUCUACUAGCUUCUAAACAUAAUAGCAUUUUUGUUGACACAAGAGUGGGAGACCUGCUUGUCAUAAGAGACAUUGUGUAGCUGAAAUAAACUUAACACCCACCCAUGUUGUUGCCACUGUGUGUCAGAGGUGGUAGUGACAGCAGUGGCAAGCACUGUCUCAUGCCACCGUGUGCUUCAUGUUUUCCUUAAAGGGCUUGCAAUGGCUGCUCACUCAUGUGGAACUGUACAUUUUUAAAACUAUGACCAAAGAACUAAUUUAUUACUGUACUGUAAAGAAGUGGUAACUCACAUGAGCUGCCUGCUACACAUUUGCAGUAUGAAUGGCUACAUCUAUUAUAUGAUCCAAAAAUGUCUUAAUCCAAUUGGAUAUAAGGUCCAGACUACUAUUAGUCCUAGCCCUACGUGGUUACAGUUAGUGGGCCCAUUCUUUGUUAUCUCAAUUGAUUUGUCAAGAAUUCAAAAUAUGUAAUUUGCUUAAUAAAAUACACUGCCUUCUGAUGAAAUAUUUUUUAUUUCUAGCUUUUUGCUCAAUGUAGAAUCAUACUGGUUACCUUGUGAAUAUUUAACGCAGUAAAGGGCAAUCCUCGUUUAAUUUGAAAAUAUUAGGAUAGUAAAUUACACAGGCUAUCUCAAAAAAAUUUAUUCUCAGGUGUAAAGUCUAAAAAGCAACAAAUUUUUUACUUGCCAUUUUAUUAGGUAACUAAUAAGGUCAUCCAAGAAAGUGAUACCACAUUUUACAUUCCAGUUUAUUUUACUUAAAAAAUGUGGAUUAGAAACACUUAAAAACAAUGAGAAUGGAGUUGAUAUGGUUAAUGGUUUGAUAGUCGUUAAGAGAACUACAAGAAUAAAUAAUAGCAAGAGUCAACUGUAUGAAAGUGUAAUGUGCAGGACAGAUGUGGUAUUUCAUACACAGGAAAGAAAAGUAAUGUAUUUAGAUUAAUUAAGUGCUAAAGUGUAUUGAAAUCUAAAAAAAAAUAUUUAAUCUUGGCACUAGCCAAAUAUUGAUUUUUUCCAGAAGGUAGAAUCCAUGUGAGACUUUCGAGUUCAACAAUGAUGCUUAAGAAUGUUAAAAUAAAAGUAUUCUUAUUAUGUAGUGAAAGAAAAGCCUUUUAAUUCUUGUGUCUUUUAUUUAAUGUUUAAUAGUAUCUCAAACUAGCACACUGUUACAAAAGCAGUAAACUUACAUUAUAAGUUUUUCUUAAUCACAGGUUUCUUAUUUCUUUCACUUAACGGCGUAAAAGUGAAUUCAAAUUACAUUAUGUAUGAUAAACUGAAUGGAAUGUAGAGCUAAAUGGUAACAAUAUUAAAAACAAUCUUAUUUUACCACAUAUGUUGUGGACAGAUAAUAUCAUGCUGAAAAUGCUUGAAGUAUAUAUAAAUUACUCUUCUAUUUAAGAAAAAUGACAUUCAUAAGAAGAAUUGUAAUAAAAAGGAUUAAUUAGGUCCUAAAGUAAUUGAAAAGGCUAUUGUGUUACAUGGAUAGUAAAGUAACAUUAUUGAAAUUAUUCAUGGGAAAGAAAUGGCUGUGGUAUUUUCAGGUGCAUUGAUUAUCUUACAUGUAGGAAUGUUGUCCAUAAAUAAUGAAAAGUGGCAAAACAUUAUGCAGAAUUUCUGA